AUGGUUCUAAACGUACCUUCGAAAUCAGUCGGUGUGAGAAAGCAUCUAGAAGUUUACGGUUUACCACUGUCAUUAUGUAAUACGGAAACGCGUUUACUAAGGGUUCGUGUAAUUCGGGCGUUAGAUCUUAUGAAAAAGGAUAUAUUCGGAGCCAGCGACCCGUACUGCAAACUAUGUAUAUAUAAAACUCAGCGUUCGACUCUCCCCUUGUGUUCACCAGUACCAACGAAAACUGUUAAGAGAUCUCUCAACCCGAUUUGGAACGAAGAAUUUAUUUUCAGGGUUAAUCCAUCAGAAAACCGUUUGGUUUUCGAGCUUUACGACGAAAAUAGGAUUACGAGGGAUGAUUUUUUGGGUGUCGUCACAGUAUUUCUGCCAUAUCUGGAGAUUGGCACGGAGGGAUCUAAUUGUCGGUUGAUGGCGAAGAGCUUUUUACUGCGCCCUAGAAGUUCUCGAUCCCGUGUUCGUGGUAAUCUCCACUUGUAUUUGGCUUACUUACCAAGCCAUUUAAAUCCCCAGAUUACAAGUCUUCGUCAGCUUCCUCCCCUUGUUGAAUUGUCAUCUGAACAACAACGUAAUAGUGAAGGUCAAUUAUCCUCGACACCUGUAUCUUCUUCACAUCGUCCUAGUUUACCAACACAAUCAUCUAGUCCUGGUGUUGCUGAAUUAUCUAACACCAUAAACGAUGGUACUGAUAACCGUGUACAACUUAGUAGAAAUACUUCAAUAGAGUCAGAUACUGUAAGUGUUACUGAGACUGUUGUUGGACCAAUGCUUUCUACAUCGCUUGAUGAAAAUUCACUUCCACCAGGUUGGGAUGAACGAGUUGAUCAAAAUGGACGAACAUAUUAUAUGGAUCAUGUUAACAAGCGUACACAAUGGGAUAGACCUUCUUUUCAAUUACCACAUGGAUGGGAGCAACGAACUGAUGCAAAUGGUCGUGUUUAUUAUGUUGAUCAUCAAAAUCAUAGAACUACUUGGUAUCAUCCUUUAUCUGAGGGAUCUCGAUCGCAGACAUCACCUCAACACUCUACUGCUGCUAGUCCAGUUACAUUCAACGAUGCGAUCGAACCAUCAAGUGAGGUAGAAGGAGAACUGGGGAUGGUUAAUGGUGAAGGUGAUGAGACAGAAAGUAAUUUUCAAGUUGAAUUUGAUCCACCGAUUUGUCCAACUGAUGAGAAUCAAGAAAAUCAAUCACCUGAUGAACAAUCUGUAUCAAAUGAAAGAAUCACAAAUUCUAGAUCUCAAUUACCUCCUGCCGUUGGCGUCAGUAGCGGUGGUGAUGGUAGAUCCGCACGUUCUAAUCCCCGUCAUACACGACGUAGUUUAACGAUAUCAGAGAGAUUACGUGCAAAAGGUAGUAGUGGUAUUACGUCGGCGGUGGCGGGGGUGGCAACUCGUUCAAAUAUUAAUAGUCAAAAUGGUAUCGAUGAUGUACGUGCUGCGCAGACAAUGUAUUUACGACGUAGGCAAGUUAGCUUUGAAGAUACUUUAUCUCAUCUUCCAGUCAGUUUGGAUACCCCUCUACCAAAUGAUUCAAAUUGUCAAUUAAUUCCACCAAGUUCAUCAAAUUCUGAUACAAAUACCAUUCAAUUAACAGAUCCAUCAAGUUCAGCAAUUACACUAACAAAUCCUACCUCACGAAUAGAAUCUUCACUUAAUGAACAAAGUAUAGAUCAUGUAGAUAAAAAUCGUCGAAUUGGUGAAAUUGUUUUAGGUUUAGAUAUUGCACCAGGUGAAGAACCACUUCCAGAAGGUUGGGAAUUAGCUAGAACUGCUAGUGGUCGAAAAUUUUUCAUUAAUCAUAAUGAACAUACUACUACUUGGGAUGAUCCUAGAGUUAUCCGAUCAAAUAAUCAAAUAACCAAUGGUUCUUUAUUAACACAUGAAGCACAACGACAUGUAAUGAAAGAUUUAGGCCCAUUACCGCCUGGUUGGGAAGAACGUGUACAUAGUAAUGGUCGUAUUUUCUACAUUAAUCAUAAUGCUCGAACUACUCAAUGGGAAGAUCCUCGUCUAGAACGUUUAGGUGGUCCAGCUGUUCCUUAUUCAAGAAAUUAUAAACAAAAAUAUGAUUAUUUCCGAUCAAGGUUACGAGCUCCACGUGAUCCACAAGCUAAAUUUGAAUUACGUGUUACACGAGCUGGUAUAUUUGAAGAUUCAUUCCGUCUAAUUUAUGGAAUAAAAAGACCAGAAGUGUUAAUGCAUCGAUUAUGGAUUGAAUUUAUUGGUGAAAAAGGUUUAGAUUAUGGUGGUGUACAACGUGAAUGGUUCUUUUUAUUAUCACGUGAAAUGUUCAAUCCUUAUUAUGGUCUAUUCGAAUAUUCAGCCGCUGAUAAUUAUACACUUCAAAUUAAUCCAUUAUCUGGUAUGGCUAAUGAAGAACAUUUAAAAUAUUUUAAAUUUAUUGGUCGUGUUGUUGGUAUGGCUGUAUAUCAUGGUAAAUUAGUAGAUGGAUUUUUUAUUAGACCAUUUUAUAAAAUGAUGCUUGGUAAAACUAUUUCAUUAAAAGAUAUGGAAUCAGUUGAUUCAGAAUAUUAUCGUAGUUUAAAAUAUAUAUUAAAAGAAGAUCCUAUAUCAUUAGAUUUAACAAUGUCUGUUGAAGAAGAACAUUUUGGUGAAACAGUUGAAGUGGAUUUAAUUAAAGAUGGUAGAAAUAUACGUGUUACAAAUAAUAAUAAAACACAAUAUAUAGAACGAAUAAUAAAUUGGCGAUUUGUUUCACGUGUUGAAAAACAAAUGUGUGCAUUUUUAGAAGGUUUUAGUGAUUUAAUUCCAUUAGAAGCAUUACAGAUAUUUGAUGCAAAUGAAUUAGAAUUAUUAAUGUGUGGAUUACAAGAUAUUAGUGUAACAGAUUGGAAAGCGAACACUUUAUAUAAGGGUGAAUAUCAUGCUAAUCAUCCAGUCAUUGUAAAUUUAUGGAAGGCUAUAUACACAUUUACAAAUGAAUUAAGAAGUCGUCUACUACAAUUCGUCACUGGGACAUCACGUGUACCUAUGAAUGGUUUUUCAGAAUUAUGGGGUUCAAGUGGACCACAGAAAUUCACUGUUGAAUGUUGGGGUUCUGUAGAUCAGCUACCUCGUGCUCAUACUUGUUUUAAUCGUUUAGACUUACCCGCCUAUCCAACAUUUGAAGAAUUACGUUGUAAAUUAAUUAUUGCUAUUGAAAAUGCUGAAGGAUUUGAAGGUGUCGAUUGA